UGCUUCGUGAAUUGCAGUCACCGGCAGCGCGCAAGCUUAUUGAGCCAGCGCCUUCUAAGCAACGGCAAUUAUUCCUGGAUAAAGAGAAACCAGUUACCGUGGGACUGGAUCUGAGCCUAUAUUGUUGAAGUUUGGUGCAACUUUACCGCUAAAGGAAUCGACAGCUGAACGCUCGGCAGACUUCCCAGCCCGUGGGCAUGGAAUAGAAAAGCGGAGUGGAGCCAGGCGUUAGGCCUGCGGAUAACAAACGUUAGCUAGCUGAGCUAGCUAGCUGAUGGGAAGCAGUCUAUCCUUGUUUGGGUCGCUGUGCUAACUAGCUUGGUGCUAUUUUUUGCUAGCAUAACAAUUAGCCAAACAGGGUUGCUGGCUUGUUUUGAUUUUGAAAUAUUGAAGGAACCUGCUGGGAUCCACUACAAUUGUUUCCUGAACUUUCUCGAAGUUUUAAGUUAACCUUCUGAGCAAACAUUGUAUAAUAAGGAAGCUAAAAGUUAGCUAGCUUCUUUGUCGUUGCUUUGGCCAGUAGGAUGAAUUGUGUGUUAAAUUAGCUAAUCUGUAACGUAAUAUUUAUUUUGGAAAAAAGGAAUUGCAAGUUGAUGCUCAAACAUCAGUUCAACGCAGUCCAGACCGCAAAGUUUAUCUGCCCCUUCACGUUACAAUUAAAAUAGCGUUUGGUCCUUUAGUCCCAGUCCCACCGACCGCUGUCUCCUGUCUUUGGCCGAUUUAAGUGGCUGGCCACACGGCACUGAGUGCCCAAUGGAGGAACAUGACAACAUGGACUAUUUUUACCAGCAGGUAGUGCAGAAAGAUGUUACCCGUAGGUUGCAGGUCGGUCAGGACCUCAUUGACUACCUGAAUGAUCCCCAACGGUCCCCGGACGUGGAGCAGGACAAACCCCGACUGGAUAAGACCAUAGACGAGCUAACGGGAUGGGUGAACUCCAGCAAUUUCAAGGUGGCAUUGUUGGGGAUAGACAUUUGUGGUGCGUUUGUGGACCGCCUGGGAGAGCGGUUCAAAACAUACCUGGCCACAGUUUUGCCAGCUUUGGUGGACAGGCUGGGUGAUGCGAAGGACCAGGUCAGGGAGAACAGCCAAACUGUCAUCCUUCGCUGUAUGGAGCAGACUGCCUCGCCCAUGUAUGUUUGGGAAAAGCUACUUCCUGGUUUUAAACACAAGAACUUCCGCAGUCGAGAAGGAAUUUGCCUCUGUCUCAGUGCCACGCUCAGCACGUAUGGAGCCCAGCCAUUGAGCCUCAGUAAACUAGUUCCUCAUCUCUGCUCUCUGACUGGAGACCAGAACCCACAGGUACGUGAGUCCUCUAUAGCUGCAUUGGUGGAUGUUUAUCGUCACGUUGGAGAGAGGGUCCGAGCAGACCUGGCAAAGAGAGGACUGCCUGCUGCACGGUUACAGACGUUAUUCACUCGUUUUGAUGAAGCCUUGAAUUCAGGCAACAUGGCUCUCAGCCCUAGUCACGAUCGUAGUUUUGAAGAUGAUGACAGUGUGGAUGGGAUUCGUUCUUCCUCAGCCCAGGCUGCCUUCAAGGUGCCAAAAGUUCCCAAGAAGCCUGCAGAGUCCUCCGCUUCACGCAGGCCCAGCGCUACCAGUGGCAAGCUUGUAUCCAAGGAAGGUGCUGGAGGCCUUGAUGAAGAGGACUUCAUUAAAGCAUUCACAGAUGUCCCUUCUGUCCAGAUUUACUCCGCGAGGGAUCUUGAAGACAACCUAAAUAAGAUCCGUGAGAUCUGCUCUGAUGACAAACAUGAUUGGGACCAGAGAGCCAGCGCUAUGAAGAAGAUUCGCUCGCUGUUGGUCGCGGGCGCAACCAGCUACGACUGUUUCUACCAGCACCUGCGGCUACUGGAUGGAGCCUUCAAACUGUCAGCUAAAGACCUGCGCUCACAAGUUGUCCGUGAGGCCUGCAUCACUGUGGCCCACCUUUCAUCAGUGCUGGGAAAUAAAUUUGAUCAUGGAGCGGAAGCCAUCAUUCCCGUCCUUUUCAACCUCAUCCCCAACUGUGCAAAAGUCAUGGCCACCUCUGGUGUGUUGGCUAUCCGCACCAUCAUUCGGCACACCCACGUCCCCAGGCUCAUCCCCCUGAUAACCAGUAACUGCACAUCCAAGUCUGUGUCUGUUAGAAGGCGCGGUUAUGAAUUCCUUGACCUUCUACUACAGGAAUGGCAAACCCACUCUCUAGAAAGGCACAUGGCAGUUCUGGUUGAGAGCAUCAAGAAGGGAAUUCGAGAUGCAGACUCGGAGGCCAGAGUGGAGGCCCGCAAGGCUUACUGGGGUCUGAGGAACCACUUUCCAGGGGAGACCGACGCUCUUUACAACUCCUUGGAGCCGUCGUACCAGAGGACCCUUCAGUCCUGCCUGAGGAGCUCUGGCAGCGUGGCCUCACUUCCCCAGAGUGACCGCUCCUCAUCCUCUUCUCAAGAGAGCCUCAAUCGGCCUCUGACUUCUAAAUGGUCUGCAGCUCCAGGGCGAGUCCCUGCGGGUUCAAAGGGUGGGUUGUCGUCGGCUUCCUUGCAGCGUUCCCGUAGUGAUGUGGAUGUAAACGCAGCAGCAGUCGCUAAGCACCGGCACGUCGGACAGACCAGGGCAACAGGGCAUCUGCCCCUUGGCUCCUACUCCUCACUGGAUGAUGCCUCUGAUAAAACGGAUGGGACCAGGUCAGACAAUGGCCGUGUACGUACCAAGCAGCCCUUAUCCACUGCCAGCAGCAUGUCUAGCCAGGUGGACUCACGAGGACGCAGCCGGACCAAGAUGGUCUCCCAGUCACAACGUUCCGACGAUUCCGAUUGCACACCAGGAUCUCAGUCUGCUACCCCUGUUGGUGCUGGCAGUCGGAGUGGCUCCCCGGGUCGUGUGCUGACGAGUACGGCCCUGAGCACCAUGAGCUCAGGGGCCCACAGAGUGCUGGCUGGGUCAAGCGGGGAUAAAAACAGACGUAGCCGCAUCCCCCGCAGUCAGGGCUGCUCCAGAGACUCUUCCCCCACCCGCCUCUCUGUUGCUCCUUCCAGCAUUAGUUCCAUCUACAAUGGAGCGAACAGAGGAGCUCGGGGCAGUCGUAUCCCUCGGCCCAGUAUGAGUCAGGGCUGCAGCAGAGAGGCCAGCAGGGAGAGCAGCCGGGACACCAGCCCCAUACGCUCCUUCACUCCCCUUGCAACGCGGAGCUACUCUCGCUCCACUGGAGCUCUACACACACCUGAUGCUUUUGGUGCUGCAGGAUCAGGUUUUGGCAUCAGUCAGUCUAGUCGUCUCUCUUCCUCAGUUAGUGCCAUGAGGGUCCUCAACACAGGCUCAGACGUAGAAGAGGCUCUUGCAGAUGCACUGCUGUUGGGAGACAUGCGGUCUAAGAAGAAGCCAGCACGGCGGCGGUACGAAAACUACGGCAUGUACUCUGAUGACGACGCUAACAGUGAUGCAUCCAGCGCCUGUUCAGAGAGGUCCUACAGCUCCAGGAACGGAGGAGCCAUCCCCACCUACAUGAGACAGACUGAAGACGUAGCUGAGGUGCUGAAUCGUUGUGCCAGUGCCAACUGGUCAGAGAGGAAAGAGGGGCUGUUGGGCCUACAGGCGCUGCUCAAGAACCAACGCACCCUCAGUCGGGUAGAGUUGAAGAGGCUGUGUGAAAUCUUCACCAGGAUGUUUGCAGAUCCUCACAGUAAGCGAGACUGCAGCAGGGUGUACGGCACGGCAGAAUCCGGUAUAAGCUCAGCCUCCUUCAAGAGAGUGUUCAGUAUGUUCCUGGAGACACUGGUAGAUUUCAUCCAGGUCCAUAAGGAAGAUCUGCAGGACUGGUUGUUUGUCCUGCUCACACAGCUGCUGAAGAAGAUGGGAGCUGACCUGCUUGGUUCGGUACAGGCCAAAGUUCAGAGAGCCCUGGAUGUCACACGAGAAUCUUUCCCCAAUGACCUCCAGUUUACUAUUCUCAUGAGGUUCACUGUGGACCAGACACAGACGCCCAACCUUAAGGUGAAGGUGGCCAUUCUGAAGUAUAUUGAGACGCUGACGCUACAGAUGGAAGCGCCAGACUUUGUGAACUCCAGUGAGACUCGGCUGGCCAUCUCUCGCAUAAUCACCUGGACGACUGAACCCAAGAGCUCUGACGUCAGAAAGGCAGCCCAGUCGGUGCUAAUCUCACUGUUUCAGCUCAACACUCCAGAGUUCACCAUGCUGCUGGCAGCUCUGCCCAAAACUUUUCAGGACGGAGCCACCAAGCUGCUUCAAAACCAUCUGAAGAACACUGGCAAUGCUGCACAGGCACCAAUUGGCAGCCCUCUGACGCGGCACACCCCCCGAUCUCCAGCAAGCUGGUCCAGCCCAGUCACAUCCCCCACCAACACCUCCCAGAACACCCCAUCACCAAGUGCAUUUGACUACGACACAGAGAACAUGAACUCAGAGGACAUCUACAGCUCACUGAAAGGUGUCACAGAGGCGAUCCAGAACUUUAGCGUCCGCAGCCAGGAGGACAUGAAUGAACCAGUCCACCGACGGGAGGGAGAGGAGGGGGACAGCGGGACAGACGGCAGAGUGUCAGACUUUAUGGACGGAGGUCGCAUGGCUCUGGACAACAAGACGUCCCUCCUUAACACCCCCCUGCUGUCCUCCAGUCCCCGAGGAGCCCGCGAUCACUUAUCAGACUCUCCCUUUAAACAUAACCGCAAAGACACCAGCAUGGAUGACUCUGAGCUUCUCACAGAUGACAGCAGCCAGGACCAGUCGGAGCUGGUGGCAGAGCUGCUCAAAGAGUUGUCCAAUCACAACGAACGCAUUGAGGAGAGGAAGGCAGCGCUGUGCGAACUGCUGAAGCUGAUUCGCGAGAACACCCUGCAGGUGUGGGACGAACAUUUCAAGACCAUCCUGCUGCUGUUGCUGGAAACAAUGGGUGACAGAGAGCAUGUUAUCCGAACGCUGGCUCUGCGGGUGCUGAGGGAGAUUCUCAGCAAGCAGCCCUGGAGGUUCAAAAACUACGCAGAGCUCACCAUCAUGAAGGCCCUGGAGGCUCACAAAGACCCCCACAAGGAGGUGGUACGAGCAGCAGAGGAGACGGCUGCCAUGUUGGCAUCGUCCAUCAGUCCAGACCAGUGCGUCAAGGUGUUGUGUCCCAUUAUCCAGUCAGCUGAUUACCCAAUCAACCUGGCUGCCAUUAAGAUGCAGACCAAAGUGGUGGAGAGGGUUCCCCGCGAGGGCCUGAUGAGCCUGCUGCCCGAGAUAGUGCCAGGACUCAUUCAGGGAUACGACAACUCUGAGAGCAGUGUAAGGAAAGCGUGUGUGUUCUGCUUGGUAGCCAUUUACGCAGUGAUCGGAGAAGAUCUCAAACCACACCUCAGCCAACUCUCCAGCAGCAAGCUGAAGCUGUUGAAUCUGUACAUCAAGCGUGCCCAGUCUGGCUCCGGCGGCGGCGAACCCCCAUCUGAGGGCCUAUAGGAGACACAACGCCCUCCCACAGGGCAACCACAGAACUGCAACUCUGCCCACCAAACAUAAACGAGAGAUCAUGAGCUCACACCCACACAGACCAAGAACCAAGAACAAAACACACAUCGGAAGUUCCGAGCAUCGCUGAGGAUCCACCCCGAUCACAGGCUGAACUGAACCCUUAAAUUUGGAUUAAACAUAAACAGAUAACACACAUUCAGUCACACCCAGGUUUGUCACUAAUCACUCAAGGAUGAAGAUAUGAAAUGUCCGUCCUCUGUCCCGAACACUACAGUAUCCCUUUGAAAAACAUCUUGAUGUCAACAGGAAGUGGUGCGUCUGCAUGGUUCUCAUUUUUAACGGGGUAUGGUUUGAAGAACAGGGCUGAGACGAACGAAUGGUACCGUCUUGUGUCUUUCUUAAACAGUGAGUGACUGGGGCCAGGUAGACAGGAAUGUAAAUUUACAUUGUGUCAUAGUUUGGAUUUAUUUUACGCAAUGAGGUUUUAAUGCAGCAUUUUUUCUCUCUCACGCACACAGAAACACUCUUUCUCUCUUUCAAAAAGGUGCUGAUUAGCCUAAAAGGUACGACCAACCGACCGUGCACAGCACUAACUGGUCCCGGUGGGUCAUGCCUGCUCAUAGCGAAUACAGUACAUGCAGAUUCCAAAGUAUAGGAGGUGUUAUGUGCUUGGCUAUGCAUGAGACUAAAUUUUAAAAAGAAGUUUUUAUUGGAGCCCUAUCGACGGUCAGAAUAGUGUGACUGGGGUUUUAAGUUAAAGUGUACAAUGUCCGCCCCUUUCAGAAAAAUUCAUGGUGUCCUCCCUUUCUCCCAGCUCAUCUUAGAUCAGUCCACUUCUGGGCAACAUGGGAAGGAAGACGGGUGCGUGCUGCUUACCACAUGAAGUAUGGCAGGACAUGGCUUAUUAUCACAUAGUGGAUAUGUAUCUAUAUAUGAUAUCAAAAUGGGAUAUUCAAUAAUAACAGUGUCAUUUAGGAGAGGGGUGCGCAUGUGUGCCCAUCCUUGUUUUUAAUUUCUCUCUCUCUGUUGCGCUAGCUGUAGUCUCUCUCACACUUAUUUUUUCUCAGCUGAGAAAUUUGUAGAAAUGUAUCAUUUACAGCUCUGAAAAAAAUCGUCAUGUCACAAUUUUCUCUUCUCUUCUUCAUUGUGUCUUUCUUUCCUUCCUCUUGUAACAUUCUAGUUUUCACAGUUUCUUCCGUGCAUUUACAAAGCUGUGCUUACAUUAAAAUAAAGAACGUGUACAGACCAUGA